CCACCGUUGUCUCUUCUUUUCCGCAGUCCUUUUCUUCGCCGGUCGGUAUCGUCAUCCUUCUCGACAGGACUGGGCGCCUUCAUCGUCAAUGUCGUCGUGAAGGCCUCCUUCUACUGUUUCGUUUAAUUCAUCUACGGUGUUAUUUGUUGAAGGUAUUUGCAGAGUUUCGGUUUGAUUCGAGUGAUUUGCAAGUAAUCCUAAUUUAUUCGGUUAUUCGAAGCUUCGGUUCAAAUACACCUCUACAGUAAUCUUCAUUCCGGCGUCCCAGAGAGGAUUUCUCGCUCUGAUCAGUAGAGCCAUGGCGUUGGAGGAUUCUGUGAAAGAAAGAAGCUGGAAUCAACGAGAAGCAUUACCUGGAGAGCCUCGGUGCACUGUAUGCGGUCGCUAUGGUGAAUAUAUAUGCGACGAGACGGACGACGAUAUUUGCAGCCUCGAGUGUAAGCGUAUUCUUCUUAGCCGGCGACUGGAGACGCGCCUUUCGGUUCCUCAAACCUCCUCUGUAAGAGUACCGGCGACGGAUGUCUGCUAUUACGUUCGCGACGGCAGUAACGAAUCGAAGCCUCAAACCCUAACCAACAGCAAGACUAACUUGCUCAGAAAAAAACUCGACAUAUCUGUGCGAGGAGAUAAUGUCCCAGAUCCAAUUUUGUCGUUUAACUCUUGCGAUCUCCCUGAGAAGCUCAUUCAAAACCUAGAAGCUGGAGGAUAUGAGAUUCCGACUCCUGUUCAAAUGCAAGCAAUUCCGUCUGCAAUGAUUGGGCAGAACUUGCUUGUUUCGGCGGAGACAGGAUCUGGAAAAUCAUGUUCCUUCUUGGUGCCUGUAAUUUCUCAUUGUGCGACUACUAAGAACACCCCACAGAGGCCACAGGCAAUUGUCCUCACACCAACUAGAGAGCUUAGUAUACAGAUUGAGGAAGAAGCUAAGUUGCUUGGUAAAGGAUUGCCGUUUAAGACUGCUUUAGUUGUUGGUGGUGAUGCCAUGGCAACACAGGUGUACCGAAUAGAGCAGGGAGUGUCUAUGCUUGUUGGAACGCCUGGAAGACUGAUUGAUCUUCUAACCAAGCACGAUUUUGAGUUGGAUAGUGUAUCGAUUCUGGUCAUCGAUGAGGUGGAUUGCAUGAUUCAAAGAGGAUUUCAUGAGCAGGUGAUGCAGAUAUUUAAGGCAUUAUCCCAGCCACAAGUUUUGAUGUACUCUGCAACAGUUUCAAAAGAAGUGGAGAAGGUUGCAGGAUUGAUGGUCAAAAAUGUUUCUGUUAUAUCAGUUGGGAAGCCGAAUAAGCCAAGUGAGGCUGUUAAACAGUUGCCAAUAUGGGUGGAAUCGAACAAAAAGAAGCAAAAGCUUUUCGACAUAUUGACUAGCAAGCAGCAUUUUAAGCCUCCAGUUGUGGUGUUUGUGGGUUCAAGAAUCGGCACUGAUCUUCUUUCGGAAGCAAUAACAGUGGCAACUGGGAUAAAAGCUCUCUCAAUUCAUGGAGAGAAAUCAAUGAAGGAGAGAAGAGAAGUGUUGAGGUCAUUUUUGGUUGGAGACGUUAGUGUGAUUGUAGCCACCGGCGUGUUGGGUAGAGGCAUUGAUCUCCUCUCUGUAAGGCAGGUCAUUGUGUUCGAUCUCCCAAAUUCCAUGAAGGAGUAUGUGCACCAAAUCGGGAGGGCCUCUAGAAUGGGAGAAAAUGGCACAGCAUUCGUGUUUGUGAAUGAGGAGAAUAAGAAACUCUUUCCUGAAUUGAUUGCAAUGUUGCAGUCAUCCGGUGCUGCAAUUCCUCGUGAACUUGCGCAUUCACGAUAUGCGCAGAGUUCUUUCGCUGUUGGAAAGGCCCAGAAGAAAAGAAAGCUCGGCUACUGAAGGCAGGCCUAACGAACUCAACACUCUUUUGUGUUGUGUGCUGAUAUGGAACUUAGCCAAUUACAUUGACUUGAUGGCCUUAUCCAACACUAAAUUGCCUAAAUCUUCAUGGUUAGUGGUGCCAAUCUCCUGAGCAUCUUUGGUUCUACAAAUUCAGGUGGAUUUGCUGAUUGAACAUACACACCAACCAUGUCCAUGUUAUGUUGCAUUCCCAGUUCGUUCAUGUCAAGAAGGCUCUCUUACUUGAUUUGGUUUUCGCGAGUUAAUUUUAUCUCUCAGAUCAAUGUGAUGCGGACGAUCUCAACCAUUUCUUUGGGAAGAAGCUUCUUCCUAUACAUUUUGAUUAUGGUAUCUUGUCCCGAAUGGUCACACCGUAAAGUUUAUAUGAUCGGAGGAAACAAUUCUGCUCAGCUUGCACCAGACCUUUGUUGGAAAUCAAUCUUCUAUGUCUGUGUUCUUCUCUCUCUUGCUGCCGCUGUCAAUGCACCUUGCACAACAGAAGGAUUGCAAUCAGUGGAAGAGAAGCAAUGUAUAAUAUUCACCGUUGCACGGUAAUUGUAAGUGAUGUAUCAAACAGGUAUGCAUGACUGCCUCUGGAUGCGAUCCAAAAUCUCCAGAGGUUGUUGCGAGGGUUUAUUAUCCUUGGCAAUUGUGGUUGGGUUGAGUUGAAAUUUUGGAUUGAAAUUGAAAAUGUUAGAGAUGAUGUUUUUGUUGGUUUGGCUGGGCUUGUAAUGAUUAUGUGUUAAGAGUGAUGGUUAAUUGGAGUAAAUGGUAUUGUGUUUAUGC